AUGGCGGUGGUAAGUAAAAGUUCCCCAACCGUCAAGAGUAAUUUGACUAACCAGCCAGGAUUUUCCAUGACAUCGGUAUACUUCUAUCUCGAGUAUUUGAUCUGUAUGGUGACAAAGCUGCAGUCCCAGGGAUUUCGUAAUCCAGCCAUCUUUGCAGUGGAUUAUAAACCAGCACCAACGGGCCGGUUCUCAGACCAAAUGGAGAGCGUAGUAGCAGCAUGGAAUUAUCUCAGCACCGCUUUCGACACCUCACAGCUAGUAUUGGCAGGCGAUUCUAAUGGAGCCACCCUUGCACUGAGUCUGCUGUUGCACAUAGCACGACCGUACAAUGGAAUUGAGCUGUGUGAUGCCACGAAAAAACCCUGUGCCGCAAUUCUAGUCUCUCCUUGGACAAAACUAUACACCAAAGUCACUAACAACUCGAGCGAUUACAUUAACCACCGGAUCCUGGCCAAAUACGCUGACCGGUACGUCGACGACAACCAGAUCCACAGCGAUAUCCACCACAACCCAGGGCUGUGCCGGUCUCGCGAAUGGUGGACUCGAGCGUUCCCCGAGCACGGGAUCUAUCUCACCUACGGCGAAGAAGAGGUCCUCGCACCCGACAUCGAAGAGUUCUACGCCAUCACCAGCCAAUGUGGCAAAAUUCGCAUCGAGGCCGAACCCAACCAGAUCCACUCAUGGCCCGUUCUCAUGUACUACGACGCUUUGGCCACGGUCGGGUCAUCGGGGCAUUCUAUCGAUCUUCCCCAGAUCACGGUCGUGGGGUCGCAGAGUAGUGGAAAGAGCUCUGUUUUAGAGAAUAUCGUGGGUCGGGAUUUCUUGCCUCGUGGUACGGGUAUUGUUACGAGACGGCCGUUGGUGCUGCAGUUGGUCAAUCGUCGUGCAACGGCAACGGGCUCGAGUUCGGUGAAUGGCACGGGAUCUGGCAGUGGUAGUUUGAUAGAUGUGGUUGAUAACGAGGCUGCCAAGGCCAAUGGAGCAGGAAAUGCCGAAUCUGCAAACUCGUCGGGUGCUGCUGUUGAUAAGGAGUCGAAUGAAGACGAAUGGGGAGAGUUUCUUCAUUUGCCAGGCAAGAAAUUCUAUAACUUCAAUGAGAUUCGUAACGAGAUUGUUCGUGAAACAGAGUUGAAAACUGGUAAGAAUGCAGGAAUCUCGUCUGCUCCUAUUAAUUUGCGAAUUUAUUCGCCUAAUGUGCUUACUUUGACACUGGUCGAUUUGCCGGGUCUUACAAAGGUGCCAGUGGGAGACCAGCCUAAAGAUAUCGAGCGUCAGAUCAAGGAGAUGGUUUUAAAGUACAUUUCCAAACCCAAUGCUAUUAUCUUGUCAGUGACAGCAGCUAACACGGAUUUGGCCAAUUCGGACGGAUUGAAGUUGGCCCGUGAAGUGGACCCAGAAGGAAGCAGGACUAUUGGAGUUCUGACCAAAAUCGAUCUUAUGGACCAGGGAACAGAUGUGAUUGAUAUUUUGUCGGGAAAAAUCAUUCCACUGCGAUUUGGAUACGUACCAGUGAUUAAUAGAGGCCAGAAAGAUAUCACCACCAACAAAUCCAUCAAGUCGGCUUUAGAAUAUGAACGCGACUUCUUUGAGAACCACGCUUCGUACCGGGCCAAGUCGCAAUAUUGCGGUACUCCAUACUUGGCCAAACGGUUGAAUAGCAUUCUUUUGAACCAUAUUAAGACGACGUUACCGGAUAUUAAGGCCCGAAUCGAAACCAGUUUGAAGAAAUACCAGACCGAGCUAGCUGCUCUAGGUCCUGCGGAUCUGGGGUCUCCUAGUAAUGUAGUAUUAUCGACUAUUACCGAGUUCUCUGACGAGUAUCGAUCUGUUCUGGAGGGCCGUGGUCAAGACGUGUCGUCUCAAGAACUCAGCGGAGGAGCGCGAAUCAGCUUUGUGUUCCACGAAAUCUUCACAAAUGGUAUCAAAUCACUAGAUCCUUUUGAUCAGAUCAAAGACGCCGAUAUCCGGACUAUUCUGUUCAACUCUGCUGGAUUAGUGCCCUCGUUAUUUGUAGGAAUGGCACCAUUUGAGUUUCUAGUUAAGAAACAGAUUAAACGAUUUGAAGAGCCGUCGAUUAAAUGUGUGACUUUGGUAUUUGACGAGUUAGUAAGAAUCCAAAGCCAGAUUCUCGCUAAACCAUCGUUCAACAGAUAUCCUGCUUUGAAAGCCAAGAUUUCUCAGGUGUUUAUUGCGUUUUUGCGUAGUGCUCAAGUCCCCACCAACAAACUAGUAUCGGAUCUUGUUGCUAUGGAGGAGAGUUAUAUCAAUAGUGCACAUCCGGACCUGCUCAAGGGUAACCAAGCAAUGGAUAUUGUAUCGAACAAAAUGCAAUUGUCGAAGCCCGUACAACUCGAUCCCAAGACUGGCAAACCACUGCCUAUUCAAGCGGGAUCCAACCGCAAUUCGAUGGAUUUGAACGGUUCUUCGAACGAGAACGCGGUAUUUGGUGGGUUCUUCGGCAAUCUGUUUGCGUCCAAGAACAAGAAACGACUGGCUGCUAUGGAAAGUCCACCCGCAGUACUUCGAGCAUCUGGACAAAUGACGGAACGUGAGACGCUCGAAACCGAGGUCAUCAAACUGCUCAUUAACUCAUACUUUGCCAUUGUCCAACGGACCAUUGCCGACCUGGUGCCCAAAUCCAUCACCCUCAAUCUGAUCUCCUUCUCCAAAGAAGGCAUCCAGAAAGAGCUCCUCGAGAACCUCUACAAAUCAGACGAAGUCGACGACCUCGUCAAAGAAAACGAGUUCACCGUGCAGCGCCGCAAAGAGUGCCAGAAAAUGGUCAAAGCGCUCCAAGAGGCCUCCAACAUCGUCUCCAGUGUAUAG